AUGAACCCCCAUAUGUCCUCUUUCAAUUACGAUAGCUAUAUAAUGUUUAAUCCAGAGGGAAAAGUUAUGCAGUUGGAUUAUGCUAGACGCGCUACAGAGCUGGGCAAUACCUGUGUCGCAGUGAAAGGUAAAGAUUGUGGAGUACUUGUGGCUCACAACCCAUUAAGAAGUAAAUUGGCACAUCCUCAGAACAAGAUUUAUACGAUUUCGGAUAACGAGAAUUGUACCGCACUUUUCACAUUUUCAGGAAUUACCAAUGAUGGGCUUUCAAUCGUAGAGUAUUUAAAGGAUAACGCUCUUGUAGAAAACGUAGUAAAGGAUAGGAAUAUCCAUCCAAUACAUGUUUUUGACGAUCUGGUUGUGUCCAUGUCAUUCAGUGCAUUAACUGGCCAAUCUCGCCUAUGUGGUGUCUCAGGAAUUCUACUUACCUCCGAAUCUUCAGGACGAGUUUCAAUUACCAUAAUAAAUCCUGAUGGAAAAGUGUCUUCUGUAAAAGGAGGUUCCAUAGGAAAUAGAAACCAGUCUUGCAGAACUAUUUUAGAGGAUGAGGUGGAUAACUUUGAAUCCAUGGAUGUGAAUGAAUUAAUAUUAGUUGGACUAAGAUCAGCCGUUAGACGCAAUCUACUAUCGAGAGGAAUCCCACUCUCUUUGAAAUAUCGAAUUUGGACAAAGUUGAUUCCGAGAGCAGACUGUGACUACGAAAGAUAUCGAGCUCAACCAUCUUCUUGUGAGUAUCAGAUCCAUUGCUUUGAACCUGAUCUGUUAGAAAGGAGAUCAGAAGAGUUAUUAGAAUAUCUAGCUCAAAUUGAUCAGGCUGAAAUUAAUGAAGAAUUGGUUGUGAAUAUUGUUCAGGCAUUUAUAAAGAAAUCAAAGGACAUAAUGUAUACUUACAAGAUCAUAGCUGAUAUAAGAUGUGAAGAAUUAAGUGAUAACCUACCUAUCAAAUGA